CACUCAAACUCUUUUACUCGUAGGAUUUACUCCGUAGUUUUUAUGUUUUUAUGUACUCGACUCUCGAGUGUAAAAAAGAAGGGGGGAAGAGGAUUUCCGCCGGAGACAACAAAGUGACAAAGUAAGAGUCAUGGGAGGAGAAAGUGUCAAAAGAAGAAGAAGGCACAGGGUGGUUGAUUGGUCGGCCCUCCCACCGGAGCUUCUAUCAGAAAUCGUUAAACGCCUGCGAUUCCGAUUAGACGUUUUGAGAUUCCGGUCAGUUUGCAAGACAUGGCGCAAUUCUCUCUCCUCAAAAUCAAAAGUUAAGGUUUUUACCAUUCCUGAACCUCCAAUACUUUACCCCUUGAAUGAUUCAGAUAACCGAGAACGCCCAAUUUCUUUUAUACUAACAGAAAGAACAGUAUAUACACUUCACCCCAAUGAAUCCCAAAUCCACUGUCGGCAUAAGUGUGGGAGUUAUGGAUCGGGAAGUUGGUCUUCUCCAUUGAUUGCUGAGUUUCAGGAGCUUCUUCCUGGAAGGUUUUUUCCUCAGCAUCUCGCCGGGGAGUUUAUUUUUGGAAAUUUCUCUAAGGUGAAAAAUAUGCUUGAUUUUACAGUUUCUCCAAUUUCAAAGUUUUAUGGUAUUGUUGCUGCUUUCCAUAAACAAGGUGGUGAGAAAAAAGAUAAAAUCUUGGACCGAUUUCAAUUUUAUAAUGGUGGUAAGAAGGUUGUUGACAAAGUAGUUGUUGUAGCUAAUUAUAAUUACGUUAGUAUUAUUUAUCCUAUGAGUAGUGAUGAUAAUGUCAUUAUUGUGGGUGCCCUUUUAGCUGGAGGGAAAGUUGGAUUGUUGAGAUUAUUGGGGUGUGAGUUAGCCCCUGAUCCUUUAGGAUGGAGGGUAAUUAAUUAUGGGGAGGAUGAUAAAGACUUUAGGUUUGAUGAUAUUGUGAAUUUGGGAGGCAAAUUGUGUGUUAUUGAUUCUAAAGGAAGAGCCUUUACAGUAGACUUUUGUUCAUUGGAAUUAACUAAAAUCGCAGCAGCACCUCCUCCUAUUUACAACAUGGACGGAGAAGGGAUUCAAUUGCUUCGAAGGAGGAAGCGAUUGGUAGAAGAUUCUGGUAGCUUAUAUUUGCUUGUCCCUUUUAGAUAUGAAAAGUGUUGGAUACUUGAAUCUCGAAUCAAAGUUUACAAGUUAAGGGUAGAAACCAGAGAUUGGUUUGAGGUUGUUAGCUUGGGUGAUCUAUCUCUUUUUGUGGGUUAUGAUUUUUCUUUUGCUGCCUCUGCUAGUAAUAUCUUCACAAAGGUGGAAGGCAACAGGAACUGCAUUUUUUUUGUCAAUGAGAGUUUUCCGUACUAUAACAGGUGUGCUACUAAUGACUCUAAGGAUCUUCUAUUUGAAGAAUUGCCCUUCAACCUUGAGGUUGGAGUGUUCGACUUGCCAGAUGGUACCAAUUUCAGGUUGGCUUCUGGUCAACGGCGUCCUGAGAUAACGCACUGCCUUCCAUGUUGCCUUGUUGAUAGGCCCAAUUGGCUGGAUUAAAAAAAAGAGCUAAUUUCUAGGUGGUUUGCCAGAAUCUGAAGACAUAAUAAAGUUUUGGCGACAGUGAAGAAAACAAAACUAGUACAAGUAUUUCUGGUGGCAACAUAUCUUUGAAGAAUAAAUUUUGAAUUUCUCUUGAAUUUUUUUAUGAUAGGAGAAGUAUUUUAUUUUCCCGUUUCAAUUAGUUGCACCAAAUACUGGAAGCUUCUUUUCCCUUUUGAAUUUUGAUAGACGAGGUCUACUGUGUUGUAUGGUUUCCGGGUUAGAACAUAUUACAUAUAUAUGGCAGGAAGAAUAUUGCAUGAUUAAGUAGGCUGUUGCCUGCUGCUGGGAUGUGGCAUCAUUAACUUGAUUCUUCUGUUUUACUAAGUUGAAAUAAUUUGAAGCAUACGUACUUUGAUAUGUAAUUUUAACUAUUUGUUAUUUAAAUUGGUAAGUUGUCACAAAAGAGUUAACUAUUUA